AUGCCCUGCUUCAAGGGCAUUGCGGUCAGCAUCCAUGCGAAUUCUGCCCCGCUGCCAGAGCAUGGUAUGCAGAAGCAAUCUCGUCUCUCGCGGAUCAGCACCUACAUUCCUGUACCCCAACCUCAGCUCGCAGAGUCAAACAAACCCGAGCCUGCCAAAUUCGCCAUCUCCAUUACGCUCCUUACUCCAGGCCUGCCUAUCCCAUACUCAACCCCCAAGCCCAGUGAUGAGAACCCUUACCCAAAGCCUCAGUUCGUUGGUGGGCUCAACACUGGUGAACGGGGCAAGUCAACUGGUGUGGUCAACCCCUACAUUCCCAUGACCAAUUCCGAGAACGAGACCAUCGCUGCUUAUAUCUACUUUGACGGCCGAGCCAAGGAAGAAGUUGCUACUCUGCUACGACCCGGCGAAGAGACUUGGGUCAACAGCCGUUGGGUUCAGGUCCCAGACUCUGAAGGUGGCGGUCUGGCCGAGCGCGAGUUCUUGUUCCGUGAAGUCGGCCUGGAGCGAUGGCUCAACGGCUUGGAUCUACAAGGACAUGAUGCUGCCGAGAAGCUAGAGAAGCGUCGUCAAAAGUUCGAGAAGCGCCGGCGACGACAAGGGGCUCUUGAGGGAAACGCCAGCGCCGACAUAGAAGAAGGAUCUUCCAGUCGAAGGAGCACACUACGCUACGGCGCUGACGACAAGUCCCCUAUCGAGGCUGUCCUAGAUGAUUCCGAUUCUUGGUCCGAUGACGACGAUGAGCCACCUGAGGCGACUGGUCAAAUCAAAGUGGCCAUGUUCCGUGUCCUUGCCUCAGGCGAAAUUAAAAAGGGCGAGUAUUCACCUCAAUUCGACGCUCACGAUGGCGAUGAAGACGACAUGGGGUCUAAAGAAGGCAACGGCAUCGACGCUGAUGUCGAACACACCACAAGUUUCGCCAAGCCUAAAACGCUUGACCCCAAAACUAUUAGCACCCAAACCGUCACAGGCAUUGACGGCCCAGACAAGCCUUACGCCGUUUUCACCUUCUUCUACCGUGGAGAGCGCCAACUGCAAAAGCUCGGCGUUAUUCAGUCAUCAAAGAACCCACAGACGACACCAAGCUCCGUCAAGCGAAGAUCAGGCCAACUUGACUUCUCUAACCUGGGACCUCUCAAGGCUGGUGGUACCGUUGGCUUCUCUGCCUUCCGCGACCAAGCUAGUGAAGCCUCAAGACGACGCAAGGCCCGAAAGAAGAGUAACGGCAAUAUCGCUGAUGACAGCGACGAUGACGAUGACGACGACGACGCGAACCUGGGCAAGAUGGAAGAAGCCUACGACAAGGACGUAGACACCAAGCUCGCUCCAGAAGAUGCUAAAUUCCAGGGUGAGCUUGCUGACGGUGUGGACCGUAUUCACCUUAAGAGGGCACACUCCGCGGACCCGGAUAGCAUAGCUGCGUCUUCAGCAUCACAGACUACCAAUACUGCCAACUCAUCGGCAGCUAACGCCGGAGGAUCACCUGCAAACAAUAGCUUGCCAAAUGCAGCGAUUUUUGACACCCCUAGCAAGUCUACUUUCCAGAGCCCACUGAAGAAGUACAGGCCUAGCGUUGACUACGGGGCCGAAGGCAUCAACUUUGGAUCAGGCUCUGGCUUGAAGACAGAGCUGGAGUCAACGCCACGUACGGGAUCCGGAUCUGGAACACCUUCCAACGCCGAGGUGCAAAAACCAAAGAUUGACGACGAGGAAGAGCUAUAG